AUGCGCUUUGCGCACAAAACCAGUGCCCUCUGUCAUAAUUUGCAUCAUUUCUCGUUGCACCUCCAAGCAAGACACGUCGGAUCAAGUUUGUUGUGGAAAUGUCUGCUGCCGUCUCGGCCUUUCUGGACAAAAAGAUCGGUAAGGUGCAAGAGCAGCGCCUCGGCCAUCGUAAGAGGAGGAGCGGACAAGCCGAAGAAGCGGAAACCUCGCCGCAAGGAGCACUUUGGAACGUUCUUGUACAAGGUUUUGAAGCAAGUACACCUGGAAACGGGAACCUCGUCCAAAGCCAUGAACAUCAUGACAUUCAUUGUGAACCCAGAGCCCGGAGAGUUGGCCAAGCAUGCCAUGUCCGAGGGGACGAAGGCCGUGACCAAGUACACCUCUUCGAAGUAA